GGACAUGAUGAGGAUCUCAGGCGAUCUACGUUAAAUGUUAAAAAGUUGCACAGAUGUAACUAGUGGUGCAGGGGGUGCUGUAUCAUGAAUUUCCAGUAGCACUGCAGAGUUUAUUUAGACCUCCAAACUAAACAUAUUACACAUAGCGUCCUAUUAAAAUUACAUUAAAAAACAUAUUUAAAUAUCAGAAAUAUUUUUGUGUGUGUCAAAGCUGCUUUCAAGAGGUCAUAUGACUAACUGCAGAAGAAAACCAAGCUGAUUUUACAUAAAUCGUUUAGCAAUUGUUUAAAGAGACCAUUAAAUGUAGCAUUUACAAUUUACAUAGAAUCACCCUGUAAAUUUAGUAAAGGAUAUCUGCAAAUAGUCCGCUUUCCCUUCCAGGGGGAAGUUCCCGCCCUCUUUACGCUAAAUGGCUAGUUUAAUAAGGAAGUAGUGUAACGUCUCGCAUCGAUUGGCCAGGAGACAUCACGUGACAGGAGGAGUGCAACCAAGUAUUCUUACUGAUAUGUAACUGGCGUGGUUAGGACACUCUCCAUCUGUCUCUUCCUCUUUCUUUCUUUGCCUUUCUCCUGUGUCAUCAUUUUCAUCUGAAUGCAGCAGGCUUUGCCUCGGAUUAGUAAAGUAGCUAAGAGGGUUCAGCGAAUUGGAGCCCAAAUCAUUCCAAUGGCCCAGAACUGCAAUGCAUCCUCCACACAGAAAGAUGGUGCUGCUACAGCAGCUAUUCUCAUCAUAGGAGAUGAGAUCCUCAAGGGUCACACUGUUGACACUAACAGUGCCUUCUUGUGCCGCGGACUUCGCAAGCUUGGCGUCACCGUAGAGCGAAUCACUGUGGUACCUGACGUCCAGGAAGUCAUUGCUAAAGAAGUGGCACAGCUUUCCUCCUCUGUUACUCACCUCAUCACAUCCGGUGGCAUCGGUCCCACCCAUGACGAUGUCACUUUUGAGAGUGUUGCUAUGGCAUUUGGCGAAGGUCUGCAUGCUCACCCUGAACUGACAAAGCUAGUAGAGGGGUUCUUUGGCCCGGUCACUACCAACAGUGCCCAAAUGAAGCUUGCUAUGGUUCCCAUUUCUGCCAAACUCAAUUUUGGCAUAGACCCUCAGACAGGCCAGCGAAAUCGCUUCCCACUAGUCAGUGUCCGCAAUGUAUACAUAUUUCCCGGCAUCCCCUCUCUGCUGGAAAAGUCUUUCAGUGGCCUUACCCAUCUGUUUUCAGGCUCUGGUACCACCUUUCACACCCGUGAGGUGUUUGUGAAUACGGAUGAGACUGAUAUCGCCCAGUGUCUAACAAAACUGCAGGCAGGUUGGGGCAAGCGCGUCUCUCUGGGCUCUUACCCAGACUGGCUUAGUAAUUAUCAUCGUGUCCGAUUGGUUUUGGACUCUGACAGUGCAGAAGAGGUGGAACGGGCAAGAACUCAACUGAUCGAAGAGCUGCCUGAAGGAUCUGUGGUUCCUCUUGUCACGGACCCAGUGUCAGUCGCAGCUGAAGAGGUGUACGCACUCUCGAAAUGUGGGACAGUGCUGGGGAAAAAAGUAGCUGCAGCAUUGGGCACCAUUGAGAUGGCGCUGGAGAAAUACUCGACUAAUGAAAUCUGUGUUGGCUUCAAUGGUGGCAAGGACUGCACAGCUCUACUACAUUUAUAUUAUGCUGCUCUGAAACGGCAGUAUCCAGAUAGUAGAGACAAAUUGAAAGCUCUUUACAUUCGAAUUGUCUCUCCUUUUCCUGAAAUGGAGAGGUUUUUGCAGGAUACAAUCCAAAGAUAUGACCUGGAGCUGUUCUCGGUGGAGGGUAAUAUUCGGCAGGCUCUGCAUGAGGUCCGGGAAAGGAAGCCAGAUCUACAGGCAGUUCUGAUGGGAACGAGAUGGACCGACCCUUACUCGCACACACUGACACCCCUCUGUCCCACAGACCCAGGCUGGCCUGAAUAUAUGAGGGUCAACCCACUGCUGGAAUGGACAUAUCAUGACAUCUGGUCUUUCCUCAGAACUUUAUAUGUGCCCUACUGUAUUCUGUAUGACAAAGGGUGA